AUGACCACCACCGCUACGAGGCAGACGUUCAACUCGACCUCGCUCGCGGCUCGUCGGCGCCGGGGCGGCUCUCUGAGCGCCCCCUUCGCCGGUCGUCUGGGCGGCAACCAAGAAUUCACCCUCGACCGCUCCGACCCCCAGAAUGAGGAGUUGCUGAAAAAGGUGCCCGAUGCCGCGCCCAAUUUGACCUUGAAGGAGAGUUUCGAUCUUCGAGGGUUUCGGGAGGUGGAGCUGUGGAAGGCGGCUAUGGUCGAGUUUGUCGGCACCAUGAUCUUCGUCUGGGCCUCAGCUUGGAACAGUCUCUCCCCAAACACCCCUCCGCCGUUACCGUCAGAGACAUCCGGUCCCUUCAGCCGUUCGUAUUUCCUGGGUCCUCUCAUCGCAGCGCCAAUCAACAUAAUCCUCCUCGCGCUACUAAUUUUCUCCUUCGGUGCCGUGUCCGGUGGUCAUAUGAAUCCAUUAAUCACCGUUGGAACCUUUUUCGCGAGGUUGACCACUUUUCCCCGUCUGGUGUUGUACCUGGUGGCGCAGAUCUCAGCCAGUGCUCUUGCGGGCCUGCUGUUGAGGGCGGCAGCGAAUACCAGAGAAUUCAAGGUUGGAGGGUGCUAUCUCUUCGAGGGCAUGGGAACUCCUGUCUCGAGCGCAUUCACCAUCGAAGUCAUCAGCGACCUGCUCUUGCUCAUCCUCGCGUUCGGAGUCGGUCUGGAUCCCCGCCAGCGCGAGAUCUUUGGCCCUGCCCUCGGACCGAUCUUUGUCGGCUUGGCCGUGGGGAGUCUGGCGUUAUGCACAGCAUUCAGUCUGCCGGCGUACGGAGGUGCUAGCCUGAACCCGGCAAGGUGUUUCGGUGUAUACGUGGGCAGCCGUUUUCCCGGCUGGCACUGGGUGCACUGGGUGGCACCUCUGGUGGCCAGUGUUUUCCAUGGCAUCAUGUAUUUCAUCGUUCCGCCUGGCGAGCCGAACAGGGCGCAUGCACACAAGAUCGGCAGAGCCACCCACAAAACUGAGCCGGAGGCACAAGAGGAUGGAAAGGAGAGCGUGUAG